AUGACGGACAUCUUGGAAGAUUUGUUCAAGGUGUUAUUCAAACAGCAAGACUGGGCUGCGGAAGACUGGGGUGUGGACCAAGAACUCAUGCUCAUCAUCAAGUUGAUUCUAUCCUUUGGCCUGUUGGAUGCUCAAGAAACAGCAGCAGCGAAACUUUGCCUUCAACGUUUGGGUGUCGGCUUAGAUCAGGACUUUCAAGCCGUUGAGCACAUCCAGUUCACAGACUUCGACCAUCCUGAGCAGGGAGGAGGGGUCGGUUUGGAGGACGAUGAGGAAGGUGAUCGCCGCAAUCGAAAGAAGAUGGUUGGUUUGCAUCGUGGCUUUGUUGGACAAGAUGAUGAGCACUACACAGCAGCAUUUACAACAAUGAAGCCCUCGGAAGACUUUGGAGGUCGACUUCCUGAUGUUGCCCGCCUCAAUCCCUCGGAGAAGCGGGUACGUCAACAAGAGCAUCUUCAGGACUUUCUCUAUGAGUUGGUGGAGAUGCCGGACAUUGCACUCGCGAAGUCACUACAUGUUGACGUCAAUUUAUGGCGUCGACAGCAAAUCCACCAUGCCACAUUUCUCCUCAAGGGCAGCCAAGAGCGUGUGUGGCAUGUGGGCAAGGAGAUUGUGCAGCAGCUGAAAGGCCUAAGCUUGAAACUCAACUCUGGAGAGAAUCUCUUACAGGAGUUCAGUUGCGAAGUACAUGUCCUACGUCCCGGCGGUGGACAACACAUCGCACUGUCCAUCGAAAAGGGUGAACGAGAGACACGGGCAGGUCAUACACAAUGGCGUGGCCAUGGCACUGCUGGCGGAGGUGUCAGCAACCAGAUCUACUUCGAGGUGGAAAUCAAUGGCAAAGAUGUCGUUUUCUUGCGAGACAUGUCUUUUGAUCUUGGACGUGUCAAGGUAACUCUGCAACUUCUGGGUUGCCACACCUUGACGCUUCGAAGUCGAUGCCUCUUCGACACACACGAGUAUCAGCUUGUGGUGUCGAACCCUCGGAUGACGGCAUUGACAACUCCAAAGGCAUUUGAUCCUGAAGUUGUUCUUCGUGCAGUGAAGGUUGGUGCAAAGAGGCAUGCAAACACCGUACGACCGCGGCCAAGUCAAGAAGAUCACAAUGAUUCGCUUGAGAUCAAGGAACAUGCAGCACAAAAGGAUGUGGAAGGCAUUGGUGGAAAGAAGAUGAGCAUGGCCAAAAAGGUCAUCCACGAGCUGAUGCCGCGGUUCACUGAGAAGGUGAUUGAUCUGAUCGAGGAUCGAUGCUUUAAGUUCGAGCGUCAAUCCAAAGGACUUGAUGAGCAACUCCUCCAGGCCACACGAGAACAUGAGCAUGAAUUUAUCAUCUCCGUGCUCCGACAAGCGGUCUCCUUCGUGAUGCUGGAUGUCUUCUUGGAGAAAUUGGAAGUGGACAAUGCAGACUUGCUGUACAUCCAACACCCGAACAUGGUGGAAGUCUACGAGAUCAUCCAGGAGGAUUCGGUGGACCAAGAUGAGCUGGAUGAUGUGCCUGGGAUCCUGAAACGUCGCAUCGACGAUGGAUCCGACUCCGAGGAGGGAGUGCGAGAGUUGAUGGCUUUGGAAGAACGUCAGCUCUUGGUGCAGACCUGGAUCAUGCGUUUGUGCCAUGCCAUCCGCACCGUUGCAUUCUUGGGUAUUCAAAAGAUGGACAUUCUCAGUGCGACAGACGGUGUGGAUGAUGAGCAGGAUGAGAAGCAAAGUGAUGAUUUGGGACUCAACGAGGGCGGCUCUGCAGAACUGACCCGGUGGUCCUCCUGUCGAGCUGUCCUGAACAUCCUUCAGGAAUUGCUGAGCCGAAAUGAAGAGAUUGAAGAGGUAUGGGCCAGAUUUGUGGCUUCAAGUUCAGAAUGCAUUGUCAACAACCCCAACGGGAAGCUAAAUUUGACCUUCCUCACCGAGAAGGCGACGUUCUUUUGCCCCUUUAGUUACCAACAGAGUCAAUCUGCUGGAAGUUUCAGCUUCACCGCCGCCAAGCUCAAGAACUUCUUCGAUGAAGCUCAAGUGCCAGAGGUGGAUCCUUUAAUGUUGGUCUCGAUUCUGCUCUACCAUCCCCAAGCGUUGAUGCGGCUGGAGGCCUUCAAGCUGGGCUGUCGCAUCCUCCGUGAUCCCAAUGUCGUUCUGCAGGAAGCCUACAAGACGCACACGAGCGCUGACAUGCAUUUGCAGAAGGCCAUUGGUUUUCAAUUUUGCGUCUUCGAGGACUUGUACAAGCGCGAUACCUACACUGAAAACCACAUUGAUAUGAUGGCUGGGAUGCUGAAGCUCAUCCAGCAGUUGUGUGAAGGUCACUUGCAGCCUCUUCAGGAGUUCUUGGGAGCCGACUACACGGUCGAAGAACUGGAUAUCUUUUCGGCGAAGACGUUGCCUGGAGCUGAUGAAGAGGAUGAACACAAGGUCGCACAAGGGCGACGACAAGAUCAGGAGGAGCAGAAGAAUGAACAGCCUACGAAUAUUGUUCAGUGGACUUCUCAAAUGAUUCAUAUGAUCUUGGAGAGCAUGCAAGAGGUGACACUGAAUGGCCGUGAAAAGCAAUAUGUUUUGGUCCAGCAACUCUUUGAUACUGCUGCCGAACUGAUUCAAGGUCCCAGUAUGGAAAAUCAAGCCACCCUUCUGGAGAACGGGAUUUGUGCAGAUAUCAACUUGUUGUGGCAGAAUUUGCGGAGAGACGAAGGCACCUUUCGAGGCUUGAUCCAAGACAAUGAGGAGCUCUUUGAUACCUGGAUGGAUCUGCUAAGAGUCAUGCGUUCAGCGGAGAUUGCGGCCUUGAAAUGUGCCAUGUCCUUACUGGAAGAACUCCAGUUAUCCGAAGAUGACAAUGACUUUGCGAAGCAACAGGAACAGGUGGUGCUGCACAAAACGACCACCUUGGCGCGAAUGAUCCAGGAAUUGGCACCCAAAGUUUUGUGUUGGAAGAUCAUCACACAUUGGAAUCUGAGCUCUGAGGCUGCAGACCCACAAUUUGAGAUCACUCCAAAUGAUGAGGAUGAAGUCGGUGAGAGCGAUAAGGAUGAGAAUGAAGAGACCGACGAACAGAUUGUGAGGCCUAAGAGAGAGAAGGCUUGCUUGACAUACACCUUGGAUGAGCAGUAUGAGGACUGCUUGAAAGUCUGUGGCUUGUGCUACUCUCUUUUUCAUGCGGUCUUCAAUGCACCUGAGACCAAGACGCCCUUGUUUCGAGAUGUGAAGAUUGAACAGCCGGUGGACCGGGUGGCAUACACCAAACAAGACUGGAGUGUUGCAAAGACCAAGAUGUUUGAUCAGUUCUUGGACAAGGUGCAGAAGAUGCUCGGGGAAAAGUACCUGCACUUCCUCUUUGGCCAGGUGGAGAUCGUGCGCGGCUCCCGGCUGCAGCGGAUCUACUUCCUGGUGCCGAAGUCGAUCCGGGUGCUGAAGAAUCACUCAUUGAUCCACAAAUGGCAAGAAGAAUGCCUUGUGGCGGUGGAGCGUUCAUCACCCGAGGCACAAAUCGAUGAUUUUGCCGACAUGGUCAACGGACAGUACAUCUCAUUCGUGCAAAAGCAAUAUGACCUCUUGGGAAAGCCAUGGCCCUUUAACCGAGCAGGUGAAGUGAUUGCAUUGUGCAUUAACUCCACCAUGUUAACAACAGCCAUCAUCAACAGCAUCCUGGUUUUGGUUUACGUUGGAUCGUAUUCUGAGCACUCCAUCACUGCUCAAGACAUCCACUAUCCGAACCACUUGUCUGUGUACGCGUUGACAGGAUUUGCCGCGGUCCACUUCAGCCUCUCAGUGUUGUGGCUCGGCUUCUAUAUCCUGUCCUAUAGUGGCUGGAUCAUCGAAACGAAGGUGGACGAGUGGCGUGAAGAGCAUCCACAGUUGCAAAGUCAGCUGAACUCUACACUUUUUCGCUUGAGCUUGCAGGCCAAGAUUUUCUUCAGUGACGGUCAGUUGAUGUACACGCUGUUUUUGCUGGUGUUUUCAUUUUUGGGCCUGUUCGUGAGUUUCUUAUUCAAUGCUGUAAACACAAUUGAUUUGUGUAUGCGCAUCCCCAUCUUGGCCAAAGUCAUUGAAUCCAUCACCGUCUCGCGGGACCAAGUGGCCGGCACAAUGGUCUUGGGAUUCUGCAUCCAAUAUAUGGCCGUGGGCGCCGGCUUUCUACUCUUCAGUCAGGGGUAUGGAUUUGCGGACAAGGACACCUCAGCGUGCUCGACCUUGAUGGAAUGCUUAAGGGCCCAUUUCGACUAUGGCUUCAGAAGCGCGCCAGUUUGGAGUGGACCAAAGCUCACAUACACCCGCUUCACUUUUGACUAUGUCUACAAUCUGGUGAUCAUUCUGAUCAUGGCAGCGAUUAUUUCUGGAAUCAUUAUCGACACAUUCGCUGAUUUGCGAGAAGAGCAGAAAACCAUCCAAGAUAAGAUGAAAUCGAGCUGCUUCAUUUGUUCUUUGAGCAAGAGUGAGCUCGAACGCAAGAGAGUGAAGUUCGAAAACCACAUCCUGAAGGAUCACUACAUGUGGGCCUAUGCAAGAUUCCUUCUUUACCUCGAUGAAACAGACCCAGCAGAGCUGAAUGGCCCUGAGAGCUAUGUCAAGCAGCAGAUCAAGGAGAACAACACAAGCUUUUUCCCGAUCGCACGCUGCAUCUCAAUGGAGUCUAGCGAUGCUGGUGAGGAACAUUUGGAACGUGAAGUCAGAGUGAAGGACUUGGAUGAAUUCAAAGAGAUCCUAAGAAUCCAGAUUAGUACUUUUUGGUUCAAAGGCAUUCAACCAGCUUGUUUUGAUCGGCCAAAGAAUCACAACCAGCUUCGCCAUUUUCCCCCACAUUUCGGGUUGAACUCUAUCCAACAGAGCCUCGCCAGUGUUUGGAUUCUCACUUUAAAACAUAUAGUACAGUAUAAUAAUAUAGUAUGCAAUAAUAUGUAUACAGUAUACAUGAUAUAUACAUAG